UGUAACUUCUAAAAUAACAGAAUGAUAAAACAAAAAAAUAUAUAUGAUCUACAUUACCAUGCAAACUUCCACCGAAAAUUGGUUUGAAUGAGAUCUAGUAAGUAGUUUUUUUUUAAUACGUCAUAAAUGGUACGGAAUCCUUCAUGGGCGAGUCCGACUCGCACUUGGCCGUUUUUUUUAUUAUAGUUAUUCUAAAAACCUUACUUUGUUCUCAAUCGCGUCAGUUUCUUUUCAUUUGAAGAUUACAGUUUUUUUGCUUGUAAUGUGCAUGAUACUCGUUCUUACUAAUAGCCCCCGACGCCCCCGUUUAGCCUAUUCUGACAGAAUGGUAACUAUUAUGGAACCGAACCCUACACAGCAUGGUCCGACAUGCUCUUAGCCGAUUUUUUUUUUCUAGUACCAUAGAGCAACUUAUGUAAGCGUAGGCACUUCAUACUUCAUAAGUCACAUUCUACAUACAUCAUUGUAGGGCAUAUAAAUUUGUUGUUAUCGACAAUGUAUAAUUUUUAGUGUCAUGUUAUUUUAGAUAUCACUUUUUAUUAAAUUAAGUAAAAUGCAGCGGAAGUUAAAGAAAAUAGCAAUACUUUUAAUCAUAACUAUUACAAGCUUAUUGAUUUAUCUGAGUUUAGAAACAAAAAUAAGGAUACUUUACAAUCCAACUGAAUAUCGGUUUAUAAAAGAUUAUAUAUUAUCGCCUUCCGCAACGUUAUGUCGAGAAAGCCCAUUUAUAAUCAUGAUAGUGACGUCGUAUGUCGGUGAUUUUGAGCUACGAAAUAUGUUCCGCAGAGGUAUGCCACGAGAAAAGCUGGAGUCUAUGAAUACCACGAGAAUUUUUUUAUUGGCGGAAAUUCCACCUGGUGAAAAGAAUAUUACCCAGAAUCGAAUAGAAGAGGAAAACGAAAAUUUCCACGACAUUCUCCAAGGCGCAUUUACAGAAAGCUACCGCAACUUAACGAUAAAACAUUUAAUGGGCUUACAAUGGGUCACAACGAAGUGCCCUAACGCGUCCUACAUACUCAAAGUUGAUGAUGAUACUGUAUUUCAUUUCGAAAAAAUAUCAAACAUUUUAACAAAAAAUACAAUCAAGGAAGAUUUUCUUAUGGGCUACAUGCUGAACAAUGUUGAACCUAAACGAGAUAAUACGAAUAAGUGGUAUGUGUCUUUAGAAGAAUAUCCAAAGAAGAAAUAUCCGACAUAUGUGUCAGGCUGGUAUUACGUGACUACCCCUGCAGUAGCAGCAAAACUAAUAAAUGAAGCCAAGUACCAUCCAUACUUUUGGGUGGACGAUGUUCUGGUCACAGGCAUUUUGAUUGGCGCUUUGAACAUUAGAAUUAUUCAAAUGCCCGAUGAAUUCUGGUUUGAGUAUAUGCUAAACAUUGUGAUUCAUACUAACAAAGACGUUUGGAAUACUGAAGCAUAUAAUUACUCUUUUGCAAUUGCCAAUUUAGCUAAAAGAAGCUGAUGAGCCUACGCGGCUACACCAAGAAUUGUGUAUUGUACCUAUUGUAGUUCGGGUGAUUUUCCGCAACUCGACUGGCGUGUGGGGUAGGCUAGUCUCUUGGGGAUCCGACAUGGUUUUGCCCUGUGUGGGACCUUGUUUGGCCUGUCUGCAGCCAGUUUGGUUCAGCCAGUGUUCUGUGUGUAAUUUACACAACACUGGCUGAACCCUAUACUUUUCUAUAGGGUAUCGGGAGAAUCGGUUCCGGGCCAAUCGCCUCUGCAUCCCUCGAUCCAUUGAAGCGUGGAUCUUGUUAUUACGACAUAGUCCUCCGUUAUUCGUUCGUGGCAUUCGUGUAUAAGUUUGGAUGUAACUGUAACUAUAUGUGACCGCGGCCGGCAAAACGUCACACUUUAUACGAAUAACCUGACAAGGCGUCCUUAUGGCAAGCGACAAAGUAGGACAUUUUUCCGGCCGCGGUCACAAAUGGCUUGUUAGAGUCAUUAAGACUGCUCUACUGUCGGAGAGUAUGCGAAUGGAGGAUCCUACUACCUUCCUUGCAGUUAGGGUUGCCAUCCGUCCGGGUUUCCCCGGAUUUGUCCUAGUUUAGAGGGCGUCCGGGGAGCGCCCGGGGGGGGGG